AUGAGGUUAUUAGGUACAAAUUUUUAUUGCCUUUUGUUCGUUUAUGCAUUCUGUUUGUUCGAGUAUACAGUAUCUGUCGUCUCUCCAAUUACUGAAAGGGAGAUCUUGCUUCAAUUUAAAGGUAACAUCUCAAGUGACCCUUAUGAUAGUUUGAGUUCUUGGGAUCCAAGCAGAAGCCCUUGCCAAGAUUUUAAAGGGGUAUUUUGUAAUUCAGAUGGAAAUGUGGCAAAGAUCGUGUUGUGGAAUACUAGUCUAGGUGGGGUUUUGUCUCCUGCUUUAUCUGGGUUGAAAUCUUUGAGGAUUAUUACUUUAUUUGGCAAUAAAUUCACUGGGAACAUCCCAUUGGAAUAUGGAGAAAUUGGUACAUUGUGGAAGAUUAACUUGAGCUCCAACGCAUUAUCCGGGUCAAUCCCGGAAUUUCUUGGGGAUUUUCCUAACAUAAGGUUUCUUGAUUUAUCAAGAAAUGGGUAUACUGGGGAGAUUCCUUCAGCACUGUUCAAGAAUUGUUACCGGACAAAGUUCGUUUCUUUGUCGCAUAACAAUCUUUCAGGGACGAUUCCUAUCUCGAUCAGUAAUUGUAUGAAUCUUCAAGGGAUAGAUUUGUCUUUUAACAGCCUUACUGGAAAAUUGCCUUCAGAAAUUUGUGACAUUCCUGCAGUAUUGUACUUGUCCGUGAGGAGUAACAUGCUGUCAGGAAGUGUUCAAGAACAUGUUUCAAAAUGUGGAAGGUUAGAACUUUUGGAUCUCGCUAGCAAUAGGUUUACUGACUCUGGUCCAUUUGGGGUCCUCAGGUUGGGUAAUCUUACAUAUUUCAAUAUUUCAUGGAAUGAGUUCCAGGGUGUGAUUCCAGACAUUGGAAAUUGCAGUAGCAGACUGGAAGUUUUUGAUGUUUCUGGGAAUGAUUUCAAUGGAAACAUUCCGCCUGGCAUCAGAGAAUGCAGUCGCCUGAAGUAUUUAGAUUUGGGGUUUAACAGGCUUGAUGGAACUAUACCAGUUGGAAUUGCCGACUUGAAGGGUCUUGUGUUCAUUCGAUUAGCAAAUAACUCAAUAGACGGAACAAUUCCUUCGGCAUUUGGGAGUAUUGAAUGGCUUGAAGUCCUGGAUUUGCACAAUCUCAAACUCAGUGGUGAAAUCCCAGUAGAGAUAAGCAAUUGCCGGUUUCUUCUCGAGCUAGAUGUUUCUGGCAAUUCUUUAGCAGGAGGCAUUCCGCAGAACCUCCAGAACAUUACACCCCUUAAAAUUCUCGACCUGCAUCAUAACCAGUUCAAUGGAAGCAUACCUACAACCAUUGGAAAUUUGUCUAACCUGCAUUCUUUAGAUUUGUCCGAAAACUUUCUAUCCGGUUCCAUCCCUUUGACAAUUGGGAAUUUGAAAAAUUUAACUCAUUUCAACAUUUCUUACAACAACCUUUCUGGUGCUAUCCCAUCUAUUCCUACCAUCCAGCAGUUUGGAUUUUCGGCCUUUUUUCAUAAUCAAGGUCUUUGUGGUGCUCCAUUAGAAAACUCUUGUUCUGGCACAGAACAGAAACCAAAGUUGAGAGUUUCUGCAAUUGUUGCUAUAGUCGCUGCUGCUUUGAUUGUUACGGGUGUUUGUGUGAUAACCAUCAUCAACAUGAAGGCUCAGGGGAGAAGAAGAGAGGACGAGACCAUGAUUGUAGAAAGCACCCCAUUAGCUUCAACACAAUCUGAUGUCAUCAUUGGAAAAUUAGUCCUCUUCAGUAAAAGUUUGCCCUCAAAGUACGAGGACUGGGAAACUGGCACCAAAGCGUUGCUUGACAAGGAAUGCCUAAUUGGUGGAGGUUCUAUUGGAACAGUGUACAAAACUACCUUUGAGGGCGGAAUAUCAAUUGCUGUGAAGAAACUUGAGACUCUGGGAAGAAUCAGGAACCAAGACGAGUUCGAGCAUGAAAUUGGACACUUGGCGAAUCUUCAACACCCCAAUCUUGUUGCUUUUCAAGGUUAUUAUUGGUCAUCUAGUAUGCAGUUAAUUUUAUCUGAAUUUGUCUCGAAUGGAAACCUGUAUGAUAAUUUGCAUGGAGUUAAUUAUCCUGGGACCAGCACUGGUGUUGGUAAUUCAGAACUGAAUUGGUCAAGAAGGUUUCAGAUAGCAUUAGGGACCGCCAGAGCACUAGCAUACCUUCACCAUGACUGCAAGCCUCGGGUUCUUCAUCUCAAUGUCAAGUCUACUAAUAUACUACUGGAUGAAAACUUGAUGCGCUUUGAUAGUCUAAUACCUUUGGGGAAGUUGCUUCCCUUGCUAGACAAUUACGGUUUGACAAACAUCCACAGUGCAGUUGGAUAUAUUGCACCUGAGUUGGCACAAAGUUCAAGGAUCAGCGAAAAAUGUGACGUUUAUAGUCUUGGGGUUAUUCUGCUGGAGUUGGUUACAGGGAGGAAGCCAGUGGAAAGUCCCUCAACAAAUGAGGUGGUGAUUUUGUGUGAAUACGUUAGAAGUUUGGUCGAGAGGGGUUCUGCUUUGAAUUGUUUUGACAGAAGAUUGAGAGGAUUUUCCGAAAAUGAGCUUAUUCAGGUCAUGAAGUUGGGGUUGAUAUGCACUUCUGAAGUUCCUUCAAGAAGACCAAGCAUGGCAGAGGUUGUUCAGAUUCUUGAAUCCAUAAGAAAUGGUUAUAACUAUUGA